AUGGAGGUUUACACAAGGGUCUGGAUCCCUGACCCGGAUGAAGUGUGGCGCUCAGCAGAAUUAACCAAGGACUACAAAGAGGGUGAGAAGAGCCUCCAGCUCAAACUGGAAGAUGAGACUAUUCUGGAAUAUCCAGUUGACGCCCAGAACAACCAGCUACCCUUCUUACGGAAUCCGGAUAUCUUGGUGGGAGAAAACGACCUCACUGCCCUUAGCUAUCUCCAUGAGCCUGCAGUUUUGCAUAAUCUGAAGGUCCGCUUCCUGGAGUCCAACCACAUUUACACUUACUGCGGCAUUGUGCUUGUUGCCAUCAACCCUUACGAACAGUUGCCAAUCUACGGACAAGAUGUCAUCUAUGCCUACAGUGGUCAGAACAUGGGUGACAUGGAUCCCCACAUCUUUGCAGUGGCAGAAGAAGCCUACAAGCAAAUGGCCAGAGAUGAGAAGAACCAAUCCAUCAUAGUCAGUGGGGAGUCGGGAGCUGGGAAGACGGUGUCAGCCAAGUAUGCCAUGCGCUACUUUGCCACGGUCGGUGGCUCAGCCAGUGAAACCAACAUCGAGGAGAAGGUCCUGGCGUCCAGUCCCAUCAUGGAGGCCAUCGGGAAUGCCAAAACCACUCGGAAUGACAACAGCAGCCGCUUUGGAAAGUACAUUCAGAUCGGCUUUGACAAAAGGUACCACAUCAUUGGGGCCAACAUGAGGACCUACCUGUUGGAGAAGUCCAGAGUCGUCUUUCAGGCAGAUGAUGAGAGGAAUUACCACAUCUUCUACCAGCUCUGUGCUGCCGCCAGUCUCCCAGAAUUUAAAGAGCUUGCACUAACAUGUGCAGAGGACUUUUUCUAUACAUCCCAGGGGGGAGACACAGCCAUUGAGGGUGUAGAUGAUGCAGAGGACUUUGAGAAGACUCGGCAAGCCUUCACACUUCUCGGAGUGAGAGAGUCCCAUCAGAUAAGCAUUUUUAAGAUAAUUGCUUCUAUCCUGCACCUGGGAAGUGUGGCGAUUCAGGCUGAGCGGGAUGGUGAUUCCUGUAGCAUAUCACCCCAGGAUGAACACCUGAGCAACUUCUGCCGCCUGCUAGGGGUGGAGCACAACCAGAUGGAGCACUGGCUGUGCCAUCGCAAGCUGGUCACCACCUCAGAGACCUACGUCAAGACCAUGUCCCUGCAGCAGGUCAUCAAUGCACGCAAUGCCCUGGCCAAACACAUCUACGCCCAGCUGUUUGGCUGGAUUGUGGAGCACAUCAACAAGGCCCUGCACACCUCCAUCAAGCAGCACUCCUUCAUCGGGGUCCUGGACAUCUAUGGGUUUGAAACUUUUGAGGUCAACAGCUUCGAGCAGUUUUGUAUCAACUAUGCCAAUGAGAAACUCCAGCAGCAGUUCAACUCGCAUGUGUUCAAACUGGAGCAAGAAGAAUAUAUGAAGGAGCAGAUCCCUUGGACCUUGAUUGACUUUUAUGAUAACCAACCUUGCAUCGACCUCAUAGAGGCUAAGUUGGGUAUCUUGGACCUCUUGGAUGAAGAAUGUAAGGUCCCCAAAGGAACUGACCAGAACUGGGCGCAGAAGCUCUACGACCGGCACUCCAGCAGCCAGCACUUCCAGAAGCCCCGCAUGUCCAACACGGCCUUCAUUGUGGUCCACUUCGCAGAUAAGGUGGAGUACCUCUCAGAUGGUUUUCUGGAGAAAAACAGGGACACAGUGUAUGAAGAGCAGAUCAACAUCCUGAAGGCCAGCAAGUUCCCAUUAGUGGCCGACUUGUUUCGUGAUGACAAGGACCCUAUUCCUGCCACCACCACAUCAGGGAAGGGAUCGUCUUCGAAGAUCAACAUUCGCUCUGCCAGACCCCCCAUGAAGGCCUCCAACAAGGAACACAAGAAAACUGUGGGCCACCAGUUCCGCACCUCCCUGCAUCUGCUCAUGGAGACCCUGAAUGCCACCACUCCACAUUAUGUUCGCUGCAUCAAGCCCAACGACGAGAAGCUCCCCUUCCACUUUGACCCAAAGAGAGCCGUGCAGCAGCUCAGAGCCUGUGGGGUGUUGGAGACGAUUCGCAUCAGUGCAGCUGGCUACCCAUCCAGGUGGACCUACCAUGACUUCUUCAACCGCUACCGAGUGCUGGUGAAGAAGAGGGAGCUUGCCAACACAGACAAGAAGGCCAUCUGCAGGUCUGUCCUGGAGAGCCUCGUCAAGGAUCCCGACAAGUUCCAGUUUGGCCGCACCAAGAUCUUCUUCCGGGCAGGCCAAGUGGCCUACCUAGAGAAACUGCGGGCCGACAGGUUCCGAGCAGCCACCAUCAUGAUCCAGAAAACCGUCCGGGGCUGGCUGCAGAAGGUGAAGUACCGCAGGUUGAAGAGGGCCACCUUAACCCUGCAGAGGUACUGCCGAGGAUACCUGGCCCGCAGGCUGGCCGAGCACCUGCGAAGGACUCGGGCAGCAGUGGUGCUCCAGAAGCAGUACCGCAUGCGGAGAGCCCGCCUGGCUUACCAGAGGGUGCGCAGGGCUGCCAUCGUCAUCCAGGCCUUUGCUCGGGCCACGUUCGUGCGCAGAAUCUACCGCCAGGUCCUCAUGGAGCACAAGGCCACCAUCAUCCAGAAGCACGCCCGGGGGUGGAUGGCACGCAGGCAUUUCCAGCGGCUGCGGGCUGCAGCCAUCGUCAUCCAGUGUGCCUUCCGGAGGCUCAAGGCCAAGCAGGAACUGAAGGCCCUCAAGAUCGAGGCCCGCUCAGCAGAGCACCUGAAACGCCUCAAUGUGGGCAUGGAGAACAAGGUGGUCCAGCUGCAGCGGAAGAUCGAUGACCAGAACAAAGAGUUCAAGACCCUGUCGGAGCAACUGUCCACGGUCACCUCCAUACACACCAUGGAGGUGGAGAAGCUGAAGAGGGAGCUGGCACAUUACCAGCAGAACCAGGUGGCCGAUGCCAGCCUGCAGCUGCAGGAGGAGGUGCAGAGCCUGCGCACGGAGCUGCAGAGAGCCCACUCGGAGCGUAGGGUCCUGGAGGAUGCCCACAGCAGGGAGAAGGACGAGCUGAGAAAGAGAGUUGCAGACCUGGAGCAAGAAAAUGCUCUCCUGAAAGAUGAGAAAGAACAGCUGAAUAACCAAAUUCUGUGCCAAUCUAAAGAUGAAUUUGCACAAAACUCCGUGAAGGAGAACCUUCUGAUGAAGAAAGAGCUGGAGGAGGAGCGUUCCCGGUACCAGAACCUGGUGAAGGAAUAUUCCCGGUUGGAGCAGAGAUACGACAACCUGCGGGAUGAGCAAACCCCAGGUCAUAGGCGGAACCCAUCAAACCAGAGUAGCUUGGAAUCUGACUCCAAUUACCCCUCCAUAUCCACAUCUGAGAUCGGAGACACUGAGGAUGCCCUCCAGCAGGUGGAGGAAAUUGGCGUGGAGAAGGCAGCCAUGGACAUGACGGUGUUCCUGAAGCUGCAGAAGAGGGUGCGGGAGCUUGAGCAGGAGAGGAAGAAGCUGCAGGUGCAGCUGGAGAAGAGGGAGCAGGACAGCAAGAAAGUCCAGAUGGAACAACCAAGGAAUGAUGUAGAUUUGGACCAGGAUGCAGAUCUGGCCUACAAUAGUCUGAAGAGGCAGGAGCUGGAGUCAGAGAACAAAAAGCUGAAGAAUGACCUGAAUGAGCUGAGGAAAGCAGUAGCUGACCAAGCCACACAGAACAACUCCUCCCACAGCUCCCCUGACAGCUACAGCCUCCUGCUGAACCAGCUCAAGCUGGCCAACGAGGAGCUGGAGGUCCGAAAAGAGGAGGUGCUCAUCCUCAGGACCCAGAUCGUGAACGCUGACCAGCGCCGACUUGCUGGCAAGAGCAUGGAGCCAAACAUUAAUGCCAGAGCAAGUUGGCCUAACAGUGAAAAGCAUGUGGACCAGGAAGAUGCCAUUGAGGCCUAUCAUGGGGUAUGCCAGACAAACAGGUUGCUGGAGGCACAGCUGCAGGCCCAGAGCCUGGAGCAUGAGGAACAGGUGGAGAACCUCAAAGCCCAGGUGGAGGCCCUGAAGGAGGAGAUGGACAAACAGCAGCAGACCUUCUGCCAGACACUGCUGCUAUCCCCAGAGGCCCAGGUGGAAUUUGGCGUCCAGCAGGAGAUAUCCCGGUUGACCAACGAGAAUCUGGACCUUAAAGAACUGGUAGAAAAGCUGGAAAAGAAUGAGAGGAAGCUCAAAAAGCAACUGAAGAUUUACAUGAAGAAAGUCCAGGACCUAGAAGCUGCCCAGGCAUUGGCCCAGAGUGACAGACGGCACCAUGAGCUCACCAGGCAGGUCACAGUCCAGAGGAAAGAGAAGGACUUCCAGGGCAUGCUGGAGUACCACAAAGAAGACGAGGCCCUCCUCAUCCGGAACCUGGUGACAGACCUGAAGCCCCAGAUGCUGUCGGGCACAGUGCCCUGCCUCCCCGCAUACAUCCUCUACAUGUGCAUCAGACAUGCGGACUACACCAAUGACGACCUCAAGGUGCACUCCUUGCUCACCUCCACCAUCAAUGGCAUUAAGAAAGUCCUAAAGAAGCACAAUGAUGACUUUGAGAUGACGUCAUUCUGGUUAUCCAACACCUGUCGCCUCCUUCAUUGUUUGAAGCAGUACAGUGGGGACGAGGGCUUCAUGACUCAGAAUACCGCGAAGCAGAAUGAACAUUGUCUUAAGAACUUUGACCUCACUGAAUACCGUCAGGUGCUGAGCGACCUUUCCAUUCAGAUCUACCAGCAGCUCAUUAAAAUCGCUGAGGGCUUGUUGCAGCCAAUGAUAGUUUCUGCCAUGUUAGAAAAUGAGAGCAUUCAGGGUCUAUCUGGUGUGAAGCCAAUGGGCUACCGGAAGCGCUCCUCCAGCAUGGCAGACGGGGAUAACUCAUACUGCCUGGAAGCCAUCAUCCGCCAGAUGAAUUGCUUUCACACAGUCAUGUGUGACCAGGGCCUGGACCCUGAGAUCAUCCUGCAGGUGUUCAAACAGCUCUUCUACAUGAUCACCGCAGUGACUCUUAACAACCUGCUCCUACGGAAGGACGUCUGCUCGUGGAGCACAGGCAUGCAACUCAGGUAUAAUAUAAGUGAGCUUGAAGAGUGGCUUCGGGGAAGGAACCUUCACCAGAGCGGAGCAGCUCAGACCAUGGAACCUCUGAUCCAAGCAGCCCAGCUCCUGCAGUUAAAGAAGAAAACCCACGAGGACGCGGAGGCCAUCUGUUCUCUGUGUACCUCCCUCAGCACCCAGCAGAUCGUCAAAAUUUUAAACCUUUAUACACCCCUGAAUGAAUUUGAAGAGCGAGUAACAGUGUCCUUUAUACGAACAAUCCAAGCACAACUACAAGAGCGGAAUGACCCUCAGCAACUGUUGUUAGACUCCAAACACAUGUUUCCUGUUUUGUUUCCAUUUAAUCCAUCUUCCCUGACGAUGGACUCAAUCCACAUCCCCGCGUGUCUCAGCCUGGAGUUCCUCAAUGAAGUCUGAAGAUGUGCGUUUCCCACAUCAGCUUGCUUCCCAGUGUGAGCAAGAAGGAAACAUGUGCAGUGAAGUGACCCUGCGCAUCUGUGGAAUCUGGUAAAAAUGGAUCAAAUCAGAGAUGGAGAGCCUGUGGAAAGUGCGAACUAAGACACAUCUCUCUCAUUAUUUUGGGUACAUACUGCUCAGAAUAAAAACACCUGAAAUAAGAAA